CAUUUCCUCUCCCUUUCUCGCCUCCCAAACACAUCCCCUCUUCUUCUCGUAUUCACCGAACCCCAUAGCCUCUCCCCGAUCUCCCCCCUACGACGCCAAAUGGCCACGGCUUUCUCUGCUGCGAAGCUCACUUCCACAUUCCCUCUCCGUGGAUCUCACGAUGACCGUCUCUCGGAUCCCAUCCGAUUUCCCACCACCUCUUCCUUCCUCCGAUCCUCCCGCAAAUUCGCCCUCAAUUCCUCUCCCAGGCUCAAUCAUGCCAUCUCCGGUCGCCGAUCUGCCGUCGUCGCUGUCUCCGAGGUCGUUAAGGAGAAGAAGAUGAAGAACAAUCUCUUGACCAAAGAGGAAGGCUUGGAGCUGUAUGAAGACAUGGUUCUGGGAAGAGCGUUUGAGGACAUGUGCGCUCAAAUGUAUUACAGAGGGAAGAUGUUUGGUUUCGUUCACUUGUACAAUGGUCAAGAGGCUGUAUCAACUGGGUUUAUCAAGCUCUUGACACAGUCAGAUUCUGUCGUGAGCACAUACCGUGACCAUGUCCAUGCCCUUAGCAAGGGUGUUCCUGCUCGCGCUGUGAUGAGCGAACUCUUUGGCAAGACCACCGGAUGCUGCAGAGGCCAAGGUGGAUCCAUGCACAUGUUCUCCAAGGAACACAAUGUGCUUGGCGGGUUUGCGUUUAUCGGCGAGGGGAUUCCAGUGGCGACUGGCGCUGCCUUCACCUCUAGGUACAAGAGGGAUGUCUUGAAAGAAAACUGUGAAGAUGUCACGGUUGCAUUUUUCGGAGAUGGAACCUGUAACAACGGACAGUUCUACGAGUGUCUGAACAUGGCUGCUCUGUGGAAACUGCCAAUCAUUUUUGUUGUGGAGAACAACUUGUGGGCGAUUGGGAUGUCCCACCUGAGGGCAACUUCUGAUCCCGAGAUAUGGAAGAAGGGGCCAGCAUUCGGUAUGCCCGGUGUUCACGUCGACGGAAUGGAUGUAUUGAAGGUGAGGGAAGUGGCUAAGGAAGCAGUGACAAGAGCCAGGAGAGGGGAAGGUCCCACUUUGGUGGAAUGUGAGACUUACAGGUUCAGAGGACACUCCUUGGCUGAUCCCGAUGAGCUCCGUGAUGCAGCUGAGAAAGCGAAAUACGCAGCGAGAGAUCCGAUAACGGCGUUGAAGAAGUACAUGAUAGAGAACAAGAUGGCGAGUGAAGCAGAGUUGAAGUCGAUAGAGAAGAAGAUAGACGAGGUGGUGGAGGAUGCUGUGGAGUUUGCAGACGCAAGUCCACAGCCAGCACGGAGUCAGCUUCUUGAGAAUGUAUUUGCUGAUCCAAAAGGCUUCGGGAUUGGUCCUGACGGUCGCUACAGAUGCGAGGACCCUAAGUUCACUCAAGGUACCGCUCACGUCUGAAUGGAUGACUUUAUCCUUCCCUUUUGUUUUUUAAAGACGGAGGCUUCUCCCUCCUUCUGCCGCUGGUGCUCUUUUUCCUUUAUUUAUUUAUGUUAAAUUAAAAAGAAAAACAGACGAAACGCUUUGGAUCAUUUGAAGCUUAGUGGUGAGGUUGUUUCUUCUUCUUUGAAUCCAUGAAUGUAUUUGUGAAAUGUUUGGGUAAUGGUUCUUCUAUCGUCCA